GACAUAUAGACGGCAUAUUUGGACGCACAUUAUUAGAGAUGGAACGUGGAAAUUCACUUAGGUUUAUGGAGAAAUUUUGAAAUUUAAAGAUUAUAACAUAAAAGACUUGACAAUGUGUAGCAAUCUGGUGUUAAGAUGUAGAAGGUAUUUAUUGUCUUUCGAGAUGAUGUUUGUGUGUUUGGUGGUUAUCAUAUCAGCAAUACAAGCCAGCGUAAUAGAUGUACCUUCUACAGCUGGGAGUCUAAGAGGAAGGACGGUUUAUAUGUUAUUUACUGACGCGAGAACUUGGAAGGAGGCAAGGGAAGUGUGCCGACAAAAUGGCGGAUAUUUAAUUAAUAUCGAAACAGAAGAAAAAUAUCAACUAUAUAUGUCUAUGAAAAACGGUGCAUUUUCUUCAGAUAUUGGUGCUCCGUGGACCGGAUUAUAUUGGACAUCACCGACUUCCAGACAUUGGGAUGGUCCCGGAUGUCCACCUCCCCGGACGAACCUGGCUGAAUCGUAUCACUGGAGGAGUACUAAUGACUUUCUUUACGAUACUAAUUCAUUUUGCUAUAGAGAGCAUGACGAUGGAUUCGACUUACGCGCAUGUGACGAACAAAACACAUUUAUUUGUGAACAUUAUAGAAAUGACACGUGCAGCUUUAGUGAGUCAACGAUGACAGCAUUUUCAUUUAGCGAUCAAGACAGUGUUUCAACACCAACAUUGAAUGAGUGUAAAACUAGCUGUGAUAAUACAUCUGGCUGUUUCCUGACGGGUAAUCUAAAUCAAGUAUGUUUAAUGCUGCUAGCCACAGAUGCCAGUAACAGCACAAUCGCUAUUAAGAACUGUUCAUAUGAUACUUCAAUAGACAGCAUGGUAUAUACUGACGUAGCCGAUGAUGGUUCCGAUCCUACAGACUGUGCUAACGAACCAUUGAUAUCAGUGUCAUCUACGAUAAUAUGUCCAACUGUCACGAGCACAACCACAGAAACGUCAACAAUUACAAAUACUUCUACUGAAACGAUUACAUCAUCGAUCACGAUAACAGCCACAGAAAUGUUCAAUUACACAGUAACAGAAUAUUCCACAAACUGGUCUACAACUACAGAAUUUUUAACAGAUGUUAGUACAUUUACCGAAACGGCGACAGAAACCAUGACAACAACGUUACCUCUUGUUUCCAUAGUUACCCAAACAAUAGGAAACAUUAUAACAACGGUAUUACAGAUUAGUACUGUGACAAUUGGUGGUUCCUCGUUGGUCGUUUCCACGGUAACAGAAACACAGACCCAGUCGUGUGAUACCGUAACAGUUGACGUCACAGGAUCGUGUUCGUCGACAGUUCUGUACUCUUCUUCUCCGUGUCCUUCAGAGAUGGUCCAAACUAUCGACACAACCAUACAGUCGUCGUUCAGUUCUCUUGGAGUAAAUGCUUCUGGUUCUACUGGGAUUAAAGGGGCUAUUGGAUCGGACGGAAUUAUGAGGACACUGGUGUGCCGUAACGUGAUCGUUGUGACCCCUGAUCCCGUCGCAGAACAAGCGGCAGUCGAAAGCAUCGUAAACGAGUUAACGGUUGACAAGAAAAACCUUUCUGCUGUCAUUCAGAAAAAAGUAAGUGCACAAGAUCAACGACCCACUUCUACUGCUAUUGGCUAUAUUGGAAUAGUUUUUCUAGUAAUACCCUUCGUUAUAAUCAUUGCUGUAGAUUUGCCGAGGUGCAUUCAAGGCGGGCGGGAUGUCAUCAAAUUAUGUAAGGACGAAGACAGGUUUUAAUAUGUGUGUUAACGGUUACAUUGGAAUCAUUUUUCUAGUAAUACCCUUCGUUAUAAUCAUUGCUGUAGAUUUGCCGAGGUGCAUUCAAGUCGGACGGGAUGUCAUCAAAUUAUGUAAGGACGAAGACAGGUUUUAAUAUGUGUGUUAACGGCGAAAUGAAACUUAACAAAAUCAUGUAAGAGCUGUAUGCUGGUUUAAUCAUGCUAUACUUCACUUUUUUGCAUGGGGCAUUACGUAAUUAUAUGUUAGCUAACACAGGCCUUCCUAUAGA